AUGAGGAAGCAGCAGCUCAAAAAGCUCAAGGAUCGAGUGUUCAAGCUGAAAAUAUUACAACCGUUGAACCAGAAUCAGGAUAGUUCAAGCAAAGAUGAUUCUGAAGAAACACAAUCAGAAUCACAAUUAGAUAGAACAACUCUUGGAAGAGGGAAAGCUCGGCUGAAGAAGAAGCCUUUAAAGAAAAAGAAAUCAUCUGAUGAAGAAGACUCGUCUUAUGAACCAGAUGAACCAAAGAAACAAAGAAAGAAGAGAAAAGCAGUUCAAGCUGGAGUUAUUCCAAGAAAUGUUAGAGCAAGAAAAUCUGAAAAGACUCAGAGUGUUGAAACUCCAAAAGAACCUGAGAAACAAAGUACUGAAGAACCUGUGAUAAAAGCUCAGAAAAGAACUGGAGGUGAUGUUGACUACGUUGAAAUCACUGGGUUCAAAACUGCUACUUCACGUCCUCCUCCACAAGAUAAACCAGAAUCGUCACAUCCAAAAGAUUCAAAGUUUGAUUACAUAUUUGAAGGUCUUCCAGAAGCAACAGGAAUUUACACAGAAGACAUUCCUGAAGAUGACUAUGAUAUGUUCAACAAUGAAGCAAUACAAGAAUUGUUACAAAAGGUCAACAAGUUGGAAAAAGAAAAAGCCAAAACAGAAGCAGAGCGUGAUAUUCUAAAGAAACAGGUUGAUAAUUUGAUGAAAGCUCAUGAUCAAGUCAGAGCAGUGUUGAUAGACCAAGAGGAAGCAAUGAACAGAAUGAAGAAUGAAGCUCAUGAUAAUUCAAAGGUGUUUGAACUGUUGACAACAGAAAUUGCUUCGUUGAAUGUGAAGAUAAAGAACUUGGAAGAUGUGAAUCAGACGCUUAAUCAGCUUCUCAGUGAGAUGAGUGAAGCUUCAUCAAACGAAAUGAAGGCAAUGAAGUUGGAAAUGGAAUCCAUGAAAGCAAAUAAAGUGGUGAAGGAUGAACAAGUACAUAUGCUAUACUCUGUCAUGGAAAGUCACCUAAAGAUGGAUGUUCAUGCUGCUUUCAAUGAGAUUGAAGUAAAAAGAGCUGAGGAAAGAAGAAGCGAACGAGAAAGAAGUCUAGCCGAAGAAGCCACCCAAAGGAACAAAAGUGUGAUUGAAGAUAUUCAAGAAGCUGGUGGAUCAUCAAGUCAACCUGAGAUUGUUGGAUCAUCAAAUCAAGAAGAUAUUGAAAUGGUUGAAGCUGAAAAUGUUCAAGAACAAGAUGCUGAAAAUGUCCAAGAACAAGAUGUUGAAAAUAUUCAAGAACAAGAUGAUCAAAACUUCAUGAUAGUUGGUGAGUCUUCUGAACCUUUUGAUGCUAACAAUGUUCUUCGAAGAGUGGCUGUUAUUCAAAGAAAAAGAAAAGCUAGAGAAGUGCUGUUGCUGGAAUGGAAGACAAAUCAGUUUGUUCUUGUUGGAGAUGCUCGCUUAGUGCCUUAUAGUGUUAAGGAAAUUGCUCGUCAAAUGAAGAUAAAAGAAAGACGAAGAAAGACAAAGAUAGCACGUGGAGAAAUCGUUGAUGAUGAUUCUGAUAUUGAGUUAUUUGGAAACGAAGAAGAAGAAGAUAAUGAUGAGGAAAAAGAUGACAAGCCUGAUGAUAAAGAUGAUAAGGGCGAUGAUGAUAACGAUCAGGGUGCUUCUGGGUUAUUAAUCAGAGAUCCAAUUGUUCAAGAAAGAAUCAAUGAAUUAAUGAAUGAUGAAAUCAACGAACAAGUGGAUGACUUACAAAAUGAAGCUUCAUCAUCCGGAAAGCAGCAUGCUGAUCAGGUACUUCUUUCAAACCCAACUGUCAUUUAUCUAAACGUUCAACAAGAAGGAGAGGUUGAAGUUCGGAGAACUAGAGCUGAAAUGCUAGAAGAGUUGGGAUUAGAAGAUGGAAAGUUUAAGUUUGAUAUUGAGGACGAGAUUCCUCAGUUACCAGCAAAAGAUUUUGAGCCAAGAUAUGCAUAUGAAGCUGAUCAUUACGAUGAUGUCAUUGUUGAAGAUGCUUCAGAUUCAUCCGAUGAUGAAAUUGAUUUUCAUUAUGCUGGAAUUGAUGCAACUUUUCCUUCAUUGGCUGAAAUGUUCAAAGAUAGAAAUGAAGAUGAAAUCAAAAGGAAAAUUGUUGAAAAAGUUUCCACUGAAGGGGUCCCUGAAACUAUUCCAAGAGAGAUUCUUGCUGAAGAACGGAAGAAAUGGUUCAAAGUCAUGCCCAAAGAAAGAAAAACUCUCAAAGCUCUUUAG